UCUUUGUCUUUUAGCUCGACAGUGGUGCUGCUGCUGAGCAUUGGUCGGUCGGUCGGUCCACACACACACACACACACACACAUACACACACGCACACAUAUACACAGAGUGAGUUAGUGUUAGUGUGUGCGUUGAUGGUGGAUCGUUCCCGGUGAAUAGCACCGAGCAGCCCGGCCGCACGAAAAAUGCCUCACCGCCGCCUUUAAGCCGAAUCUAACGGAGAGACGGGGACAGAGAGAAAGGAAGACAGAGGACGAGAGAGAGAGAGUCAGGUCUCCAGGCGGGUUUAGAGGAAAAGAAAAUAGGAGCAGGAUGUUGCAAGUUUUAGCUUGUGGCGCCGUAGUUUUCCCCGGUCUCUUCUUCGCCUUCAAGAGGAUCCUGCCGUGCGUGUUCAGACACUGGAGCGAUGCCGACGUGGUGCUGGUCAGCGAGAGACUGGUGUCCUCCAUCCAUGCUGUCAUGGCAACCACUGCAGGAGUCAUCAUUGUGUCAUCAUGCUGGGGCAAUGUCAUUAAUGACAGGCACUGGCUGGCCACACACUUUGUCAUCUGGUACGGCGUCCCCUACAUGGCUUACGACCUCUUCGCUAUGUACCUCAGUCACUACUACCGCUUCUGCGUCAAGGGACACGAGGACUACAAGCGCCAUUCACUGAGGACCGUAAGCUUGUUCGUCCGCAGAGAGUUCCUGCUGGUGCUGCACCACAUCGCCCUGCUCACCAUCCUGCUGCCUAUCACACUGUUCUUCAGAAACGACCGGGGGGACUUCUUCAUCGGCUGCUUGUUUCUAACGGAGCUCAGCACGCCCUUCGUUUCCCUGGGGAAGAUACUGAUUCAGAUCAGCCUCCAGGAAAGCUGGGUGCACAAGGCCAACGGCGGCAUGGUGCUGUUAACCUUCUUCAUGUGCCGCAUCGCCCUCUUCCCCUUCAUGUACUGGGUGUACGGCCGCCACUAUGGCAUCCCCCUCUACAUGGUGCCCUUCCACCUGUCGCUCUUGGCCAACCUGGGCAACUCGUGCAUCCUGGCGCCGCAGGUCUACUGGUUCGUCCUGCUCUGCCGGAAGGGCUACCGCCUGUACCAGCGCAGCCGCAAGCCGAACUCGUCCCCCGCGGCCGCCGUCACCGAUAAUUCUAAGGAGGAUUGAUUUCCAAGUUUCCACGACUUCUCGCUCAAGCCGCACACUCAGCUACUAACGCAACUUCAACCCCCACCACUGUACUGCAGUACGCCAGGACUGCCUGCUCUUGUUCCACAACUCCUGGGCAUUUUUCCGCACACUUUAACUCCUCUGUUACAAUUCUGCUGCCUAAGUGGACGUCUCUACCACCGAUCUAAAUCUACUACUGAAGUCUUUUUUUUUUUUGUUUUUUUUUUUAUUUAGUUUUUGAUUUUUUAUUAUUUGGCUCUAGCCUGGAUCUUGUUGAAGUGCUUACACUGUGUCUGUCUACAUUUGCAACACUGAAGAAUGGUCGUGUCCGGCUCGCUGCGAGUAAAAUGUGGAGCACCAGAAACUAAAGAGGAGCUUCCUCGGAGAGACUUUAUCUUAUCUCUGACUCCUACUGUGUUUACAGCUGCUGCUGAUUGGGAAGGUCUGUUACAGUGUGCGUGUCAAGUGGCUGUUAUUAUAGGCUAUAUUUAAUUUUAUGUUGUUUUCUUUUCUUUUUUUUUUUGUCGUUUUUGUUUUUUUUUCCUCGCUAAGAGUGAUGUGUUCAGAUAGUUGCUCUCCCUCUACCAUCCAUUCGCUGAUCACACUGAUAGACGGGGAUUUUGGGGAGGGGGGGUGGGGGGGUGGGAAUUUAAAAAAACGAAAACAAAAAAAAACAAACAAAAAAAAGUCACGCUCAUCAACCUAAAAACAGCUACAUUGUUAGCGCCGCAUGUGAUCAGAUACACAUCUGCAUCAACUAUCCCAUAUACCUCACAGUUUUUUGGCCUUUAAAACUAACAAGAAAAAACAAAAAAAACAAAAAAAAAAAAAAACAGGAUUCAGUUUAUCCCAAAUGACUCACUCAUCAACAUUUGCUCUCAUGUUGUGAAUAGCUAUAAUGUGUGAAGCCAUGAUUGGAUGACAAAUGACCCGUCUGAUAGAAGAUAGAGCGCAUUUAGACUAAUUUACACCCGACUGGAAGGAUUUGGAUUUUUUGAGUUCCUGCUGUGUUAAGUGUGUUACUGUUUGUAUGCGGGAGAGUUUCUUGAGCAUUGAAGCCAGAGUUGAUGCAGGGCAGCUUGGAGAUGACACAGUAGACUAUAUAGGCGGUGGCUGGGGAGGGGGGGUGGGAAUUGGGGGAUGUAAAUGUUGCGGUCAGUCAGAUUUGCCUUCCAGACCACGGAGUUGUAACGUGGGAUACGAUAACGCUAAGGUGGAUUUAAGGGUCAAAUGGUUCCCAGAUGAACUCAGGGCCAGAGUCGGAGCAAUAAGAUGAGCGAGCAGUAGCUCACCAGGGUAAACCUGGACCAACUAUUUAAAAUUUCACGCAGUUAAUUACAACGACAACAACACACACACACACAAACACACACACACAACAAAAAAUAUCCCUGAAUCUCCAAACAUUUAUGUGCUCUUGUGCGUUGCGUUGAAUACACAGGGCUGUAUAUACUCACAGUUUUUAGAGAUCAUUGUUUUAGUUUCAUUAGAAAACAAAUAGCUUUUAAAAAAUAAAAAGGAAAAAAAAAAGAAACGAAACCUAAUGUAUUUCUGGACCAGAGAGGACCAUUUUUAUCAUGUAAAUUCACAGCUGCAUAGAGAAAUUUAUUUUAAAAGAAAAUCUCCAACAUUUUUUUUUUUUUUUUUUAAUUAUUUCUCUAUAUCGAUAGAAUUAGUAGUAGAAGUUGUUCAUUUCAGUCGAAUGCUGCAGGAUAGUUUCAUACACAGACACUGGAUUAUUUCUCUGAUAAUCAUUCAGGCUUCGUAGUGAUUAUAGGAAAGCGUUAAUGGCCUUUUCUUUGUUUUUUUUGUUUUGUUUUUGUUUUUUGUUUUUUCCCUUUGUCACGUCGAGUCAAUCUAUGCAAAAAAAAAAAAAAAAGAAGAAGCAAAGGCUACGGUGCAUGUACACAACACUAAUGUCAAGACAUUAACAAAGUGAUCCACGCCUCAUAGGUGAUGAAGGAAUUUUAUUUCUAUCCUUAUUCGAUACGUGUACAGUCUUCACUACAUAUCAUUACGCUUAGUCACGAAAUUUGACGACCAUGUUUUCGGUUGCACGUGGACAUGUUUACAGCUGCGGCUCAGUUGACACAUCGGACUGAGUGGCAACGGAUUUGAUAGGACUUUUUGCAGAUCAGCUACGCUAAUUAGCGUUUAUUGAAGUAACGUGGCUAGCGGACAGUAGCUUCACGGUGAAGCAGUCGCCAGGAAACCAACUCGAACCUAAACAUUGAAAACUUUGAAGGGAGUGAAGUUGGUCGCCCGAGCUCCCGGUGAAAGAUCUUGGGGGGCGGGGCUUAAUGGUCAGAAGAGUAAUAGCGUUGUAGUGAUACAUGUCACCCGAGCUCUGAUUGGUUGUAGGGUUUAUUUAAGACACGCCCCAAUAGUGAAGGAUGGUUUUGUGUCAUGAUUGCUCUUUUCCUUCGUUUAGCUUUAAGUCAGAUUUAUUUAGCCUUUACUGUGAAUGAAACAUAUUUAUAACAGUCGCACAAACUGAUACACAAUAAUUAUCUUAAAAGUUUUGUACCUUCAGGAAAUAUUAGUCCCUGUGAGCCACCAGACCAAGUGCAGGGGAUGUGUUUUGCUACUUCCGAAUUCAGCUCGUGUCCCCGGGAUCAAAGCGAUAGGUCACUCUAGAAUCACUGGGGGAUUAUUUUCACUUCAUCAGGUUCAAAUGGGACUUUUCAUAAAACACGACAACGGCCUUGAUUUGAGCGUGGGCUAAAAGGUGCUGAGUCUCGUUUGUUGGUAGACGGCCCGGUUUGCUGAGCAGCAGCAGCAGCAGCGUGAGGACGACGGAGCGCAGAGCGGAUGAAUGAUGGGUUUGUUUGUCUGCUUUGGCCGGAGCCCAGGACGGCGCAGGCCUCUUUUUUUUGUCCGCGGCUGAUCGGGACGCUGUUACUGGAAACAUCCCACGCUCUUUUGUACUGCUUCUCUGUGUGUUGUCCUUCAGCUGAAAUGUCCCACUCUGCUUCAAUUUAAUCGUGUUAUCUCAACAGCUUGUUUUUAAAAACCUCCACUUUCACUUUGGUCAAACGUUAUUUUAUGCUAUUUAAGAUUAAAAGCUGCAGGUUGUUUCCUGUAAUUCACUUCUUGUUGCCACUGUUUUCCUCCCUUCCCUUCCGCCUCAUUGUCUCUGGUCUCUCCGACAGCCAUCCCAGUCUCCUGGCUGGUGUAGAAAGGUGAAGGGAGAGUUAAUAGGGCAGAAUCCGCCCUCCCUCUGCUGCCAUCUGUCGUCAGGAUUAUCCACUGCUUGUCCACUCAGCAGUUUGCAGCCUGUGCAACUGUGCAUGUUUUUUGUUUUUGUUUUUUUUUCCCCCCGUACAAUUUUUUUGAUCUUGAUGUUUGAAAAUGUCUCGUUAAACAAAGUUCUAGUUGUGUCUUAUUUUGGAUGGGAAAAGCUUUUGAAAUGGAGCAUCAUGACACACAAUCAUUUAAAUACCCUCGGUCACUUAUUUAAUUUUCAAAAGUCACUACUAAAAAGUCGUGGCGAAGACUAGUCGGAGGAGAUGAAGUCGAUAUAUACAAGUUUAGACUGGCCAGGAAGAAAUGAAGUCCCAAAUGGCCCCCGUCUGCUCCGAUUGGAGCUGGCUCCGCCCAUGCAUGUUUAAGCCGAGAGCUCUCAUUGGACGCAAAAUAAGUGUACGCCCUCUAGUGCAGGAUCAGUCAUCGACUUUUUGUCAUUCACAUAGAAACUUUGAGACAGUUUGAUUUCGCGGGGACCUGAACAACAGCCCGUUAUUACUUUUGAAAUCAUGGAACAAGUACAGAAAAUACAACAUUCCACUGUUUUCAACACCAUCUUUUUUUUCUCAAUUUCCCUUUUCGGUUGCGUUUAUUUAUUUCAGCGGCUAAUUCUUUUAUUUUUUCACGGCUGUGUGUUCAGACAUCACAUGGAAUUUGUUCUCUUAAACUGUUUCAAAAGCCACAACUCGGAGUGAAACCAGAGUUUACUGUGCUUGUACCCCAACACAGUUCUUUGCUCUUUGCGACGUACAACAACUACGGGACGAUAAGCCACAUGACUUACAUUGCUAGGACCAUGGAUCACUGCCUCAUAAAAUCAUAGGAGAAAUCAUUAUGGAAGCUUAAACGCACGAGGAGUACACAUAUCUAUAAAUAUAUAUAUAUAUAUAUAUAUCACUCGAUAGAUUUGUAAUAUAGGAAAUCUUAAGUUCAUCCUCUUUGCUCAGGGUUUGAUGAAGUUUUAUGAAAUUGUGUGUAUAGAGGUUUAUUGUGAGAUGAUGAAACUGUGAGACUGAUUCUGAAGAUGACACGUAGAAGAGUAUGCUGUUUCUUUUCUAUAUGAUGUUUGUUUUGUUCAUUUUUUUUUUCUUUUUUUUUUUUAAAGAAGCUUUGUUUCCUUAUAGAUUUGUCUUCUAUUUACGCUUCCUGACACGGCUUUUGAUACGUCAGCUUCUAAGGGUUGGUAAACCAAAGACCGUCAGGCACUUUAGUUAACAGUAACUGUAGUAAUGUGAAGAGAAUAAUUUAAUUUAAAAUACUUUUGGACAUGCUGUACAUGAUUUGUCUUAAUGGCUAAGUUACCCACUUCACACUUUAAAUCGUUACUACCCUCCAGUCACAUCCUCUUCUUUGGUCCUUCGACGGUGACCAGUACUGGGAUGUAGUUGAGGAAAUACAGACAUUCCUGUUGUUUAGUUUAUCCUCCUCGAACGCACAUCCCAUGCUUAUUCAUAUUAGCUUUAUACUGAUAUCACUUUUGGAGACGUUAACACUAAAAUCGUAUAAUUCCUAUUCCUUGUACUUUUGUGACAGGAUAUUAAUUUACUCUUGUGAAGCAAGUUCAAUGGGAACAUGGACACCAAAACUAACCCGGGCUGUGUUACGUCAUGCUAGCGUUGUUUAGCUUAGGUCUACAUCAUGCUGUGAAAUGGUCGGCUUCCUGCUAAUGUUAUUUCGAGUGGUUGUUCAUUCCUUGCUAACAUUUUAGCAUCCGUGCUAAUGCGUUUUCUUGCGAGUGAUGUCAAGCUUUAGCAAAGGUUAGCAUUGAUCAAUAUUUGGCUGAACAAAGGUCUAACACUUCAGUGAAGGUCCACACUAUUUAGCUGAAUAUUCUGCCUCUUGCUAACAUUUGCUAGUGAACGUUCCCGUACUUGCCAACAUUGUUUUGAAUGAGGGAACACUCCAUGCUAACAUUUUAGCAUAGGCCGACACUAUUCCGCUGAAUACUCUGCCUCUGGCAAACUUUGGAUAACUCCGGUGCACUCCGAGGCUGUAUUUGUUGAAGGAAUUAAAGCUCCAAGCUAACAUGUCUAACUGCUAACUUCCUGCUUAAGUGAUCGUUCAAGCUGUGCUAACACUUGAGCAUAUUUUUAUGUUGAACUUAGCCUAGCCCUUCAUCACAGUAUAUGUUAGGUGAUAGCAUUGUCUAUGCGAAGACUUAAGCAAAGGCCUUCACUAUUUAGCUGAAUAUUUGCUAAUGCUCUUGCUAACGUUGGCUUGUACCUUUGUUUUGUUGAGUGAAAUCAAACUCAAAGGAAGCACUUUUACUUAAGACUGUAGCUAUAUGCUACACCUUAUCAUUUAAAGUGAAUGUAUGAUAGAUGCUAAUAUUUUAGCACACACGCACACUUUGUUGAGCUGUAGUCGUCUCCUCGCUAACAUUAUUUUGACUAAGGGUACAAGCCAUGCUAACACCUUAGCAUAUUUUUCUGCUAAAUACUGACACAAUAUGUCCAUAGUGUUUAUCCAACGCUAUGGACAGUAGUAGUGAACUCCAUGCUAACUCAUUAGCACAGGCCUACGCUAUUUGGUGGAAUGAAAGUAAACUUGAGCCUUUUAGCAUAAGCAUAUCAACGACUGGUCAUCUUCUUGCUAACAAGAAGUGCAUGAAUGGGAGUACACACCAUGCUAUAAAACAAAUUAUUAUACAGAACCAUAUGUUGACUGGCUGUCUGCUACAUGCUAACACGCUUAAUAGUAGCUUCAAGCUAACACUCAAAUGCUGUGAGGUGUUGGGCUUCCAUGCUAACACAUUGGCAUGAUAUAUAUAUAUAGUGUUAUACAAAUCCUCGCAUUUAAACACCAGGGCAACACAUUUUUGGUGUCUAUGCUCCCACCAUCUAAAGGGCAACGUGCUGCAGAUUCUAUUAAUGAAAAUUAUGGAGUUUAUUUUGCUCCCCGGGACACAUUUUGUAUAAUUUUGCUGCUUUCUGUAUUGUCACAUAUUCAUUCAGGGAUGGUCCCUCCUUUCUGGACAGUGCAGGAUUUGGUCUGGAUGUGGGGUUAAAAAAAAAAAAAAAAAAAGAAAGAAAAUCUCUAUAUAUAUAUAUUGGUUUUAAACUAAAAAAAACAAAAUGUGUUUAAAUGCCACAUUCACAUCACGUUGGAGGAAAAUAACCGUAUGCUGGGUAAGGUGCGACUUCAGCAUCAGCCAACAAUAUUCUGCUGCUUCUUCUGAUGUGAUGCGGAUGUGGUAUUUUGUCGUGCAGAUUUUGGCUAGGCGAGGAUUUUGAGCACUGCAAACGCUGGAGUUGCUGGGACUGAUUUUGAUCUGUGGACAGUGAACCAAACUUGGUCUCCAGUGCCUUGUGAAAAAUCUAUUUGUGAUACCCACAAAACUCAGUAUGAAAGAGCUAAGUUGGCAGGCAGUGUUUACAGGUUGUGGCUGUAUUUAUCGUAUUUAUUCUCAUCCGUGCGCAUCCUCAAGGAGACCUUUCGAUCAUUUUGGGAAUCACAGCAAUCAUCAAGUCUCAUAACUUAUGUGUAUUUAAAAUGGGAAAAAAAAAAAAGAAAAAAAAAUGUUUUAACUGCUUGAAACCAUUUCAAACAAACUGUUGUGCUUUUAUUGCUUGAUUGAGAAUUGAUAUUGUCAUUUGAUCCUGAUAAAAAAAAAAAAAAUUAAGGCUUUUCUAUUGAUAUUUUGUAAUAUUUUAUAUUUUGAAGCAUUUCAUCGAUAAUUCAAAUGAUCACGCAGAUCCCAUAGUGUUGUUCGUCUAAAGGGAUAUGCGUCAUUUGAGGCUGAGCCCUUUAAAGCAUACGAUGUGUUACAGGUUUGUAUUUGUUUUGCGGUGUUUUCUGUUUUUUGAUCUCAUAAUCCGUCAGUUUUAGGUGGAGGCCCUUGGAGAUUUGAGUUUUUACUCUUGACCUGUUGUUCAUAUCGCUCACCGUUCCUUAAAUGCAGCACCUUCACAACCUUUUAACACUCCCUGCCCCACAUUAUUUUUGAUAGCGUUCUAAUUUUUCAUACAUAUAUAAAUAUAUAUUAGAUUUGAUGCAUCUUUCCUUUUUUUUGUAGCGUGACCCUUUUUUGAGGAAAUUUCCUAUCUGAAAUGAGACUGGAUUGUUUCAUGUAAUAAUAAUAAUGAUGAUAAUAAUAAUAAUAAUAAUAAGAGGAGUUGUGUACAGUAGCUGCAACUUGUGAAAUCAGAGCACCCCUUUAAAAUUCAAUAAAUUUGAUUUGAUAGAC